AUGAGCUCUACUGAUGUGGAUCCUGAUUAUGUUUCUCCAAAUCCCGCAUCCCAAGAAUCACCAGUUCAAGGGAGUUCUGGUGGCCCCGCGAGCUCUUCUGAUCCUUCAGCAUCUCAAGUGCCAUCAGCACUGCAGUGUCUCCAUUAUAUGAGUUUCGCAUCAGGAGAGUUACUACGCAUUUUAAAGGAGAAUCAACAAACUAUGCAAGACCAGAUCAAGGUUGAGAAAAGCAACAAAUUUGUCAACACAAUCACUGCCAUCUUCAAGGGAAAAGACAUCGAUACUCCUAUUCGCAUCUUCAAAGUCCCCGACUCUCUAACUUCCGCCAAACCAGAAGCCUAUAUCCCUCAGCAAAUAGGCUUCGGACCCAUCCAUCACUUCAGGCGUGAGCUACAACAAAUGCAGAUGUACAAGGUUGUGGAGGCAAGAAGGAUUCACAACGGAUUCCAAAGCGACCUCAAGUUCGGCGAAGUCGCUGAAGUUCUUAAGACGAUAGUAUCGCCAUCCGUCCGCGCCUCUUAUAACAUCUACUUACAAAUGGAGGAUGAUGAUUUGGCAUCUGUUAUGGCCCUUGACGGUUUGUUUCUGUUUAAUUUGCUCUGCUGUACCGGAAUCAAUAAGGAAGCUUUGGCCAAAUCAAGCUCUUUGUGCCACUUGGUUAACUCUGCCGGGAAAAGAUUGGCUCAGAAAACGAUCAUUCAAGAAGCCAUGAUGCUUGAGAACCAAAUUCCUAUUGACGUUAUGAAAGUCAUCUUGCUCAUAGAAUGCUGGAAUAACUCAAAGUCACAAAAGAUGAAGAUUGGAAGUGUUAUUUUUCCAAAAAUCUUGUUGGGAUUCUGUGAGUUCUCCUCACCUUUGAAAACAGUGGAGAAUUAUCCUCUUUACGAGGCCUUAAAGCGUGCCCAUUUGUUGGAUCUUCUCUACCACUUAGUCACACUCAAGCAAUCACCUGAAACUAAUCCUGAGGAAGAAGAGAAGGAGAAGAAGUCGUUAGAAGACCUAUCUACUGAAAUAGCAAGUCACGAAAUCAUAAGUCGAAAAACUCGAAUUGAAGAAGUAGUUAAGCGUCGUAUCCGCAUUCCAGAUGGGGUUGAAGCUGCAGCUGGUGAAAUACUGAAGACGCUAGCACCACCAGGAUUCCAAAAACCCAUUGAGCUAGUGCUAGGUUUACUUGAACUACCAUUGUCACAGACCAAGUCAGACAUAGUCUCUUCACUAAAAGAAGAAGAGCCUCCGAAGGAAGUCUUCAUCCCCAGAGCGUCGGAACUCGAUAAAGCUGGAGUGAAAUUCCGCGUUGCUGAUCACAUCACAGGCAUCAAUUUCGACCGAAACAAACUCUCCUUUUACCUUCCGAUCAUCAGAAUAAAUGCCGACUUUGAGGUUAUAAUUAGAAACUUGGUUGUAUAUGAGGCCAUGAUCAAGUCUGAGACAGAACCCCUGAUCCUUAAUUGGUAUGUCGAAUUGAUGAAUGGGCUUAUACAGACUGCAGAGGACGUUGCCGUGCUUAAUAAGCAGCAAAUUAUCUCAAAAUCAGAGUCCACUCUUGACGAACAAGUCGCGAAGAUUUUCAGCGGGAUGAACAAGUCGGUAGAGUUGACAAACAUACCGCAGAAUUUAAACGAUGCCGUUGGAGGCGUCAAGGAAUACUACAAUAAUCUGUGUUGGGUUUCGACGUCUGAAUUCAUGAACAAGUCUUGGCGGACUACAAAGAAGUGGUUCGUUGUUCUUGCCCCUCUCUUGGCAUUAUUUCUGUUGGCUGUCCAAUCCUUUUGCUCGGUCUAUGGUUGUCGUCGUUCUUCCGUCAAGGUCAGCCAUACUUCUCAUGCUCAGCAGGUCGGUUCGCCACUGCCUUCCUUGAGGUCUCAUCUCAUUUAG